AUGGCCAGACCCUGUGAUUUCCUGAUGAUUGUGAUGGUGAUGAAGUACUGGUCAACCUGCUGUCUGGGAUGUGACCUGCCUCAGACUCAUCACCUCAGGAACAAGAGAACCUCCACACUCCUGGCACAAAUGAGGAGACUCUCCCCUCUCUCCUGCCUGAGGGACAGGAAGGACUUUGCAUUCCCUCUGGAGAAGGUGGAUGCCCAGAGGAUCCAGAAGGCUCAAGCCAUCCAUGUCAUGGGUGAGGUAACCCAGCAGGUCCUGACCCUCUUCACCUCAGAUGAAUCAUCUGAUGUUUGGAAUACAACCCUCUUAGACACAUUCUGUGAUGAGCUUUACCAGCAGCUCAAAGACCUGCAAGCCUGUCUGAUGCAGCAGGUGGAGGUGCAGGAACCUUCCUGGAACCAGGAAGACUCCAUGGUGGCUGUGAGGAACUACUUCCACAGGAUCACUGUCUACCUGAAGGAGAAGAAACACAGCCCCUGUGCCUGGGAAGUGGUCAGAGCAGAAGUCUGGAGAGCCCUGUCUUCCUCAGCCAACCUGCUGGCAGGAUUGACUGAGGAGAAGGAGUAA